AUGGAUCGAAUACGUAACAUAACCGCAUGUAAACGAUGUAGGGAGAAACGAAUCAAGUGUGACAAGAAGUUCCCUCAAUGUUCCAAUUGUGUUAAGAAAGGCUUUGACUGUGUUUCAAUUGACGUUGGUACUGGGGAGAUAGUAAGUAGGUCAUAUGUUCAUGAUCUCGAGACUAAAGUGAGGGAGUUAGAGAAACAGGUUGAACAGUUGAGGAAGAAAGGUGAGUCGAGAAUAGACCCCCAGUCGCAUAUUGAGUCUCAGACAGAGUCCUGUAAUGAAUCAGCUGAAUCCAAAACAAAGUCAAUUGACUUGAAAACUACCGAUAGUAUCGAUAAUGGUAGUUCCAAUGGUGAUGUUAAUUAUAAGGUAAUGCUCAUGACAGAUGAUGAUAUUCGGACGGUUAAGAAUUUACCUCAUACGGAACUUCCCGAGAAAAAGAUGGUAGAACAAUGCAUAGAGCAAUAUUUUCAAAUCUCCAACCUUCAAUUGCCUAUCCUUAAUUCCACUCAUUACUUGCUUAACUACUUCAAACCUUUGUAUGGGGAAAGCGAAAGAUUAUGGUCGAAAUAUGUGGGUGAUGCCACACUCCACAGUGAUGUAGAUGUGGAGGAUAAAAACCACAAGCAAUGCUGUUUGUUUUUUCUUUAUAUAAUCCUAGCUAUUUCCACCUCGUUCCAACACAACCAGAGUUCAUCUUCAGAAGCUUAUCAACAAAAGAGCUUGAAAUACGCUGACUAUCUAUGGAAAAAUGAUACUACUAGUGAUAUCAAGAAGAUAGAACGAAUGCAGAGUCUAUUAUUGUUAUCGGCAUAUUCCUUGAUGAGACCAUCUAACCCUGGAAGCUGGUAUUUGAUCGGGAAUGCUAUCAGAUUAAUGUAUGACUUAGGAUUCAAUGAAGACCCAGUAUCAGAAGAUGUGUAUAUUGUGGAUAUGAAACGAAGAAUGUUCUGGUGUUGUUACUCAUUGGAUAGACAAGUUAGUUCAUAUUUCCGGAAACCCUUUGGAAUUAGUGAUAUGAAAGUCAAAGAACCUAGUGUGUUCAGUGAUGAGGAAAUCUGUAACAGAUUGCCAGGACUUGAGACUGGGCCAAAUUCAGAUAAGCUUGUAAUGAUCCAUUACCUUAAGUUGAGAAUGUUACAAAGUGAUAUCUUCCUCGUUCAAGAUUUGUCCCAAAGAGAUGAGAUAUUCCAUAGAUUGACCUCUUGGUGGUUGGAGAUUGAUCAACUAGAACCUAGCGAAUUUGAUAGACUGAUUUUAAACGUUAUCUAUCAUUAUAGUGUGGUGAACUUAUACAAAUUCAUAUUAUUCCAGCCUGAGCUCAAUGAUUACGCCAAUAAGACCAAAUUUCAACUUCUCAUCCACCACUGUCAACAAGUAGUGGAAAACUAUUACACCAUACAAGAGAAGAACCUCCUCAACUAUUCAUGGGUUUCCAUAAACAACAUGUUUUCUCCUGGUAUAACAUAUUUGUUCACUAUUUACUACUGUGAUUUCAUCCGGACAGAAGUUGAUUUGGUAGUUUUACAAGGACUAUGUACCAAGGUGGAAGUAUUCCUAGAUAAGCUCAAACCUAUUUGUUAUCAACAAUGUGUAAACUAUAUCAAGGAUUUCACCGAUUUAAAAGACAAUGUAAUUGAUUUGAUACGUAAUGAAAGAAAGUUUGUUAUUGAUUUAGACAUAUUUGAUGAUUCAGAGUUUAUAAAUUUCAUGGUGGGGAGUGUUAAUAAAGAACUUGACCCCAAAAGAUAA